AUGGCGUUCAGGGCACAGGUACCCCUACGGCUGGCCCACUGCUGGGCCCAGACCCUGGGCUACAGAUCUGCUCUGGCUGGUGAGCCGGUGCUGCCCUUUGCUGCCGUCCCCCAGUAUCCUGUCAGCCCAGGGAUGAAGCUGCUUUGGGGAAAGGGAUUUGACUGGGAGCACCUCCCCCUGGAGAUGCACCGGGCCUUCCAGGAGCUGGGUCCCAUCUUCAGGCUUGAUGUGGGAGGGAAAAGCACCGUUUGGGUGAUGCAGCUGGAGGCCACAGAGAGGCUGAAGCAGGCGGAGUCCCGCUUUCCGCACCGCGGCUUCCCGAUGCCCUGGAUGAGCCACCGAGAGCAGCGUGGGCACAAGCUCGGCGUGUUCAUGCUAAGUGGCCCCGAGUGGCGUGCACAGAGGAUGAGCCUGAACCCCAAUAUGCUGGCACUGCAGGCCAUAUAUAACUUCUUGCCCAUGGUGGACAGUGUGGCCCGGGAAUUCUCUCAGACACUCCGUGCCAAGGUGCUGCAGAACACCCGCCGCUGCCUCACGCUGGACAUGAAGCCCAGCCUCAUGCGCUUUUCCGCAGAAGCCAGCAACUUGGCCCUGUAUGGAGAGCGGCUGGGUCUCCUGAGUGAGGCCCCGAAGCAAGCCAGCGAGGACUUUCUAUCUGCCCUGGAGGUCAUCUUCGAGUCCACUGUGGAGCUCAUGUACCAGCCCAGGAGCCUGUCGCGAUGGACCAGCAGCGCAAAGUGGAAGGAGCACUUUGAGGCCUGGGACUACAUCUUCCACUAUGCCAGCAACUCCAUGCAGAGGAUCUACCAGGAGCUAUCCCUGGGCCACCCACAGCACUACAGUGGCAUUGUGGCCGAGCUGCUGGCCAAUGCAGACAUGACCCUGGACACCAUCAGGGCCAACUCCACUGACCUGACUGCAGGAAGCGUGGACACGACAGCCUACCCCUUGCUGAUGACCUUCUUCGAGCUGGCUCGGAACCCUGAGGUGCAGCAGGCCCUGCGCCAGGAGAGCCUGCAGGCGGAGGCCACCAUCUUGGCAGACCCCCGGAAGGCGCUGUCAGAACUACCCCUGUUGCAAGCAGCUCUGAAGGAGACUCUGAGGCUGUACCCAGUGGGCCCCAUCCUGGACCGUGAGCUGGCCUCUGACAUAGUGCUGCACAACUACUGGAUCCCCUCAGGGACCACAGUCAGGGUGUCACUCUACUCCACGGGCCGAGACCCCACCAUAUUUGCCAGUCCCGAGCGCUACCACCCCCAGCGCUGGCUGGACCAGAAGGACACCAAUACCAGGCUGCCCCGUCUGGCCUUCGGAUUUGGUAUGCGCCAGUGCUUGGGGAGGCGCAUGGCCGAGGUGGUGAUGCUGCUUCUGAUGCACCAUGUGCUGAAAAAUUUCAUGGUGGAAACCCUGACGCAGGAAGAUUUAAGGAUGUGCUAUCGCUUCAUCCUGAUACCGUCCACAACCCCUCUUUUCACCAUCAGGGUCAUAGACUAG